UGACAGGAAGCUUCGCGCACAAGUUGGCCAUUUCAGGGACAAAAUAAGUUCUCCCUUGGAUUUAGAAAGGACAAAGGCAGCAAGCUCCCUCUUUUGUGUCGGAUGAAGAGGACCAACCAUGAGCCGGAGCCUGGGUGCAGGCUCACCGCUGCCACUACCACCGCGGUCAGCCUCAGUUCCUGCCAGGAGUUGACGGCGCUAGGAAUUCGGUGACGGGCUCUUUCAGCCCAAUCCUCCACUAUUUGAAGGACAAGCCAAAGAUCCCACUCGGAAAUGAGAGCAGACUAGCGGGCAACAUUGGCUCCACCCAGUGAUUAUCUCCAAGAGAUACAAAAACAGGAUCCAUGAAGAUGUUGGCAAGACUCCAAGUUCUUAUGUUAACUUUGGUUUCAAGGGGAUUUUUACUCUCCUUAGGGGAUCACAACUUUAUGAGGAGAGAAAUUAAAAUAGAAGGUGACCUUGUCUUAGGGGGUUUAUUUCCUAUUAAUGAAAAAGGCACUGGAGCAGAAGAGUGUGGGCGAAUCAAUGAAGACCGAGGCAUCCAACGUCUGGAGGCCAUGUUGUUUGCUAUUGAUGAAAUCAACAAAGACAAUUACUUGCUACCGGGAGUGAAACUGGGUGUUCACAUUUUGGAUACAUGUUCAAGGGAUACCUAUGCAUUAGAGCAAUCACUGGAGUUUGUCAGGGCAUCUUUGACUAAAGUGGAUGAAGCUGAAUAUAUGUGUCCUGAUGGAUCAUACGCUAUUCAAGAAAACAUCCCACUGCUCAUUGCAGGAGUCAUUGGUGGCUCAUACAGCAGUGUUUCCAUACAGGUGGCAAACCUGCUGAGGCUCUUCCAGAUCCCUCAGAUAAGCUACGCCUCCACCAGCGCCAAACUCAGCGACAAGUCGCGCUACGAUUACUUUGCCAGGACCGUGCCCCCUGACUUCUACCAGGCCAAAGCCAUGGCCGAGAUCUUGCGCUUCUUCAACUGGACCUACGUGUCCACCGUUGCCUCUGAGGGUGACUACGGGGAGACGGGGAUUGAGGCCUUCGAGCAGGAAGCCCGGCUGCGCAACAUCUGCAUCGCCACUGCUGAAAAGGUGGGCCGCUCCAACAUCCGCAAGUCCUACGACAGCGUGAUCCGUGAGCUCCUGCAGAAGCCCAACGCGCGCGUCGUGGUCCUGUUCAUGCGCAGCGACGACUCACGGGAGCUGAUCGCCGCAGCCAGCCGCGUGAACGCCUCCUUCACCUGGGUGGCCAGCGACGGCUGGGGUGCCCAGGAGAGCAUCGUCAAGGGCAGCGAGCACGUAGCCUAUGGCGCCAUCACCCUGGAGCUGGCCUCCCAGCCCGUUCGCCAGUUCGAUCGCUACUUCCAGAGCCUCAACCCCUACAACAAUCACCGAAACCCCUGGUUCCGAGACUUCUGGGAGCAGAAGUUCCAGUGCAGCCUCCAGAACAAGAGAAACCACAGACGGGUUUGCGACAAGCACCUGGCCAUUGACAGCAGCAAUUAUGAGCAAGAAUCCAAGAUCAUGUUCGUGGUGAACGCUGUGUAUGCCAUGGCGCAUGCGCUGCACAAAAUGCAGCGCACCCUCUGUCCCAACACCACCAAGCUCUGCGAUGCAAUGAAGAUUCUGGAUGGAAAGAAGCUGUACAAGGAGUAUUUGCUGAAAAUCAACUUCACGGCUCCGUUCAUCCCAAAUAAAGGAGCAGACAGCAUUGUGAAGUUUGACACUUUUGGAGAUGGGAUGGGAAGAUACAACGUGUUCAACUUCCAGCAUAUAGGUGGAAAGUAUUCCUACUUGAAGGUCGGCCACUGGGCAGAAACCUUAUCUCUAGAUGUGGACUCCAUCCACUGGUCCCGGAACUCAGUCCCUACUUCCCAAUGCAGUGAUCCCUGUGCCCCUAAUGAGAUGAAAAACAUGCAGCCAGGAGAUGUUUGCUGCUGGAUCUGCAUCCCCUGUGAGCCCUACGAGUACCUGGCUGAUGAGUUCACCUGCAUGGAUUGUGGUCCCGGCCAGUGGCCCACUGCAGACCUAUCUGGAUGCUUCAACCUCCCAGAGGAUUACAUCAGGUGGGAAGAUGCCUGGGCGAUAGGCCCAGUCACCAUUGCCUGCCUGGGUUUUAUGUGUACAUGCAUAGUUAUAACUGUUUUUAUCAAGCACAACAACACACCCUUGGUCAAAGCAUCAGGCCGAGAACUCUGCUACAUCUUGUUGUUUGGAGUUAGCCUGUCCUAUUGCAUGACAUUCUUCUUCAUUGCUAAACCAUCACCUGUCAUUUGUGCGUUGCGCCGGCUUGGGCUUGGAACCUCCUUUGCCAUCUGUUAUUCAGCUCUGCUGACCAAGACAAACUGCAUCGCUCGCAUCUUUGAUGGGGUCAAGAAUGGAGCUCAGAGGCCAAAAUUCAUCAGUCCCAGUUCUCAGGUUUUUAUCUGCCUGGGUUUGAUACUGGUCCAAAUUGUGAUGGUGUCUGUGUGGCUUAUCCUGGAGGCUCCAGGCACCAGAAGAUAUACCCUUCCAGAGAAGCGAGAAACAGUCAUCCUAAAAUGCAAUGUCAAAGAUUCCAGCAUGUUGAUCUCUCUGACCUAUGAUGUGGUCCUCGUGAUCCUAUGCACUGUGUACGCAUUCAAAACAAGGAAGUGUCCGGAGAACUUCAAUGAAGCCAAGUUCAUCGGUUUCACCAUGUACACCACCUGCAUCAUCUGGCUGGCAUUCCUCCCGAUAUUUUAUGUGACAUCGAGUGACUACAGAGUGCAGACGACAACAAUGUGCAUCUCCGUUAGCUUGAGUGGUUUCGUGGUCUUGGGCUGUUUGUUUGCCCCCAAGGUACACAUUGUCCUGUUCCAACCCCAGAAGAAUGUGGUCACACACAGACUCCACCUCAACAGGUUCAGCGUCACUGGAACUGCCACCACAUACUCUCAGUCCUCUGCAAGCACGUAUGUCCCCACGGUGUGCAACGGAAGGGAAGUCCUCGACUCCACCACCUCAUCUCUGUGACCGUGACAUGUGGUUCAGUUCUCAUGUUUUUAGGCUGUUAGGCAAAGUGCUCACAGGCUGCUGCAGAACAUGGAAACAGAACAAAAGGAACAACCCUAGUACCUUUUCUUAGAAGCAGGACAAUAAAUUAUUUUUGAGGGUUGUACGGUACGCAGUGAUGUUGUGCUACAAUUUUCUAGGCUGAUUCUAGGGCCCGUAUUAACAGCCCCCUCCCUCCCCUCCCCAGAACAUGGAAAUAACCAUUGUUUACAGAGCUGAGCAUUGGUGACAGGGUCUGACAGGGUCAGUCUACUAAAACAAACAAAGAAACAAACAAACAAACAAACCCUAUACAGUGGCAAUAUUAGGUAACCUUUUUCCUAUGAAGUCUUUUGUAGGUUCUUGUUGUAACUAAUUUAAGGUGAGUUUCUACUGUUGUAUAUUAAAGUUACAUUAUGUGUAACAGAUUGUUUUUCUCAGUACAAAAUAAGCAUCUGUAUUAAUGUAAAGAUAACCGGAAUAAAACCUUCAAGGUUUUCAAGCAUGGUGGAUAACAGUUUGUCCUUUUGGAUCAGUCAAGGUAAUUCGAAUAGGUAGAUUUCAAGUCACCUUCUCUUGUUAAUGUUGGAAGUAAUUGUCUAACUGCGCUUUUCUUCACCCACAUAUUUUGAAUCAGGUUGUAGCCCUACCAGAGGGUUGUGAGUGGAAGGUGCUUUUCUAUGGACCAUAGUGAUCAGAAAUUGACAAGGGUGACAACAUAAAUACAAGCCCAGCUCAUGAUGACACACACAUGUUAUCUUUUUACAACUAUGUCUACAUGACAAGCCAGAACCGCCAACUAAGCCAAAGGCUUCCUUAUUUGCCAAAUAGAGAGUUUUGACCUGCCAGACAAGGUCUGAUGGCUCUGAUGUUCAAAACAGACAUAGCGAUGGGAAAAGAAACUGGGAAGCAUCUAAUAAUUCCAAUGAGGAAUUACUCUUGCCCUACAUAGAUGAAAGGGGAAGUAGAGAUCCUGGCCAUCUUCUCAUUGCUUUCCCAAGUUUUAGGAACAAUGUCCCAGCACUCAGACUUAUCAUUAGAUUUAAAUAUCUUCCUAACCUAAAAUAAGGCAUGAAUAGUAAGGGUAAGGCAAAAGUUGAUUAUUCUCACUAAAUGCUGCCCUACUUCUAGCUACAAAUAAUUUAUUAAUGCUGGGGAAAAUAGCGAGAACACAUCUAUCUGUAGAACCUGUGUCAGGUACCGCAGGAAGAGACACAGUUGUUCCCUGCGAUGAUGGGGGAAAUACUAUAAUGUAUGUGGCUUAAAACAAACAAACAAAAUUAUUCUGUCACAAUUAAGGAGUCAGUAGGACCAGGCUGCCUGUAGAUUCAAAGAAAUAAUUCAUCCCAUCAUUUUUCUAGCACUGGCUAGAAACGCACAGUUCCUUGGCCUAUGGCCACAUCAUUUCAAACUCUGUUCAGUCUUCAUAUCAUGUUCACCACUGUCUGCCCUGUCUUUUGUCUUUUAAAAUGUCAAGUGUCAUUACUUAGAGACACCUUGAUAACUGGGAUUCUAUUACCUUGACAUUCUUAAUUAUAUCAGCAGAGGACAUCUG